GAUGUGACACGCAAAAUGAACAUAUUAAUUGGAAAUUGUGUGGGCAGUUGUGACCAGUUGGCUGGUCCGCCACCAGAUUUCAUAUUAUCGAUGCCGCCGCCGCCACUGCCAUCGUUCUUGAUAUCCAAGCCGAAGAGCAUCGAUAUAAUGCUGCCGUCAAACGAGUCCCAGCCCUGCUUUGCGGCCUUCAUGUGUGGCCAGAACAGUCAGCACAAUGAUAGCGGCAAUGAGCUGAUGGAGCUCGUCCGCAGCGACACAAAGAGUUUGGAGAACGUUUGGUUUUUCGUCUCAUCGUGCAUCGGCAUAUUUGUGCUGGGCUGUUUCCUGGCCCUGAUUGUCAUCCGGUGCAGAGACACUUUUUUCUCGUACCACGAUGCGAACAUCAAACAGACGGCAAUCAAUGCUUUGGGAGAGGCAACAAAGUCGAAUGCAUUCACAUCGGGUGGAAUACUGUAUCCGUGUGCGACGGCAAACAGUCGAGAUCUGUUGCAGAGUCAGCUGGUGAAUGACAGCCGCUUGCUUUGGGCCACGUUAACACCACACGGCACCAGGCACUUCAUCAUUGAGAACUCCCAGGAUGGCCACUACGAAUCGGUUGAUUAUCGCAGCAAGGCGCACAAUCAAGUGUUCCGUGGCUAUGCCAAGCAGUCGCAAUCUUUUGUCAAGUCCUUUGAUAAUAAUGGCUUUGUGGAUUAUGAUUAUGAGGAUCCAACACCGUUGAUGGACUCUUAUCAUGAUGAUAUGGACUCGGGCUAUCAGGAGCCGCAUGAAGUCACCGGCUCCCUCAAGCGCUCCCCAAUGCGUGGCAGAACAGGAUCAGUGUCAGUGUCAGGAUUAGGAUCGGGAGCAGGAGGAGGAGGAGGAGGAGGAGGUGCUGGUUGUGGUGGUGGUCUUGGUGGUGGAGGGGGAGUCGGAGGAGCACUUGCAUCGUCGCCGACAAUAACAAAUAAUGAUAGUAUAUCGAAUAUGGCAUCGGUCAAUUACAAUGGGAAUGCGGGGGGAGCAAGCAUUAGCACAAAUCCACAAGCCCAACUCCCCAACUCGCUCUCCAUCAGCCGCAAGACGACGCUAUCCCGGCGCAUUAGUGACGCCUCCUCGCACAACGGUACAUCGAUGUAAUGUUAAAUCCUAGCGAUACAUACAUUUAUACAUACACACAUACACAGAUACAUAGAUACAUUCGGUAUUAGCUUCGCCUAGUGUUACGCGCAAUCACGUUUUUUUGUAAAUUGAGCACGGAUUGAUUGAGUUGAUUGAGAAAACCGGAAAAUCUCUGUUCAAGUGAAAGCAGCAGCCAGCCAGUCAGCCAGCCAGCCAGCCAAGUCUUCAAAUCAAACGCCUCUCGUCCACAAAAUAAACUAAUCAUACAAUGUAU